AAUAUAAAUAUAUAAUCUUAAAAUUCGUCUAUUAUUGCUUCUCUUUUCUUUCUCUCUUCUAUCUAAACCUAAUCCAAACCUUGGAUUCCUCGCUUCGCACCAACAAUGGUGGCAGGAAAACAAGGCGAAUUGAUGGUUCAUACACCACAAGAUUUCAUUAACAACGACCCAAUCAAACAGUUACAGACCAAGUACAAAGAAUUUGAGAAUGGGUUCAAGGGUUGGCUCGCCAAACAAUCGUUACCCGUUGAAGCCGCUAUCGUCACCAUCACCAGCGCCGCCCAGGGUGCCGCCAUCGGUGGUAUCAUGGGUACUCUCACCACCGACGUCGCCGCCUCUGCUCCAGCUCCCGCCGCCUCCCUUAAUCCACAGGCUAUGGCCUCUUUGCAGCAAGCUCAGGCUCUUGCAGGUGGGCCCUUCAUCCAGGCCCGUAAUUUCGCUGUUAUGACGGGCGUCAAUGCAGGCAUAUCAUGUGUCAUGAAAAGAAUAAGAGGCAAGGAAGAUGUCCAAACAAGUAUGGUAGCAGCUUUUGGGUCGGGAGUGAUGUUUUCUUUGGUUAGUGGCAUGGGGGGUCCUAAUCCGGCUGCUAAUGUUGUCACAUCCGGUGUUUUCUUUGCCCUUGUUCAGGGUGGACUCUUCAAGGUAGGGGAAAAGUUCUCAAAGCCACCAGCUGAAGAUGUGUUGUACAGUGAAACUAGAUCCAUGUUGUCUAGACUCGGUCUCGAGAGUUAUGAGAAAAACUUCAAGAAAGGCUUGUUAACGGACCGUACUUUACCCCUGCUUACCGACAGUGCUCUGCGAGAUGUAAGAAUCCCACCUGGACCACGCCUUGUAAUUCUUGAUGAUAUCCAAAGGAAAAAGGGGAGUGGAGGCGGUAGGAGAGCAUAGAGAGUGAUCAAAAUGUAGGAUGCUUAUGACAUGAGACUUAUGGUUUGUUAGCAAAUUUAUUUUUGAUGUAAUGAUAUAUUUAUGGUGCUAUUAUGCAAUAAUUAAAAAUAUUUGAAAGAUAUAUGAAAUCAGUAAUCUUUUUUAUUA